AUGUUUAAUCAAACUGAAGCAACAGCAGUUUUAGCUAUGACCUUUGAGAGAUAUUUGGUUGUGGCCUUUCCCCUUCGGGCUUCGAGGCUGAUUACCACCAAGAAAGCAGUGAUGGCUAUCGUUGGUCUUGUUGUCGACAAUCUCAUGUAUACUAACCACGCUAUUAAUUUUAUCUUAUAUAUGUUGAGUGGGAAUAAAUUCAGGAAAGAGUUUAAGAGACUUCUUUGUUCCCGUGGACAGAACGCGCAAACAAAUAACAACCGAGCUGUUCACUUGAGUAUGAAUAAACUUUAA